AUGAUGAGCGCAGGACCACUUCCCAAUCCACAGAAGCCUCCUAUUCUCCUCAACCUUCCGUGGGAUGUAAAGGAAAAGAUUUACGACUACUAUCUCGCCGUGGACCACAACGACUUCGACGAAACUUUCCAGCCAAUGCGCAAAUACUUCAAUCAAUCGGAGUCCAGACAGGCCCUACCAUCAUUGAUGCUCUCAUGUAAGAGUGCCUACGACGACCUCCGCCGACGAGUUCAUACCACCGCUAUUAUGCGUGUACGCACACAUGGACACAAAGACCGCCGAAUCGGCUUCGCUGUUCACGGAACACUUCGUUUCGAGCGCCUGCGUACGCUUUACCUUGUUGUCGCCAUGGACUAUCCCAACUGGAACGGCUGGUUGACCGUUUUUAGCGAGAUAACGCAGCGGUCUUCCAAUUUGACCCGGUUGUUGAUUGAUUGGCAACCAAGACCACGCCACGUAGCACAAGUGGGAUGGGAAGCGAAAGUUACCGAGAAGAAAGAAAGGGAAUUUCUUGGCAUUUUGUCACGGCUGAAAAAGCUUGAAGUUAUCACAUUCUACGGUGACGUGGCGAAGAGUUGGACAGAACGGGUUAAAAAGGUAACACCCGCGGUACUGAUUUCCUAUAACAGUCGAUGGUGGAGAGAACCUGGUCAAACAUGA